CGCCUUACAGCAUCUCCAACAUUGACUAUUGUCCAAUAGACUACUGCCGAGGCACGCUUUGUAAAGAUGACUUCAUCCCGCCCAACCACAGAAGAGCAGCCAAACCCUAAACAAAGUCCACCAGCUCUUCCACCUCAGCUCGACACCACAUGCCAUAAAUCGUCACUGUGCUGUCAUACGCAAAGCUAAACCAGCCAUUCCGUAUAAAAGCGGCACAGAUGCCAUUUGUUCAAACUCCCAUCCUUAAUCGCAACAUCCCAAUCCAUAUUCUUGAUCCAAAACCAAUUGACACCCAAAACUUCAAUAAUCUCAACCUCUAAUUCACAAUGAAGAAAGCUGCACCUGCUCCAAACGCUGCCCGAGAUGCCGGAUCACACGAUCAUAUGCUCCAAGGAGGUCAUGCCAUAAUGAAGGAUGACCCGGAGGAUUUCAACGCUCCCAAGCUUUCCGAGAACAUGUCGAAGCAGACUGGUCUUGGAGGAUCCAAGCAGGGCAACUUGCAGGGCGGCCUCGGCACUGGCGAUAGUAUGAGGCAGCGAGACACUCAAAGCCAUGUAGGUCAAACAUGCGUUGGUAUACAAUUGUGCUGACUAGUAUGAGUGAUGAAUACGGCCACGUAAAAACGAGACUGCAUUGCCGAUUCGAAAAGUUGACAUCAAUGGGAUAUGCACACGAUAAUAGG